AUCAUCCUAUUCCCAUCAAGGUUAUGGCUGUGAAUCUAAACUUUAUAGCCUUGAGCAUGGCCAUGAGAAACCUCAAGAUAAGAAAAAGAAAAGUUCUGGCCUUGCUACCCUCAAAAAGAAGUUUAUUAAGCGCCGAAAGUCUAACAGGUCUGCUGAUCAUGCCAAGCAGAUGCGUGAGCUCCUCUCAGGCUGGGAUGUCAGGGAUGUCAAUGCUUUAGUGGAAGAGUAUGAAGGAACUUCAGCCUUAAAAGAGCUUUCUCUGCAAGCUAGUUUGGCAAGACCAGAAGCCAGGACGCUUCAGAAAGACAUGGCUGAACUGUAUGAGUUUAAAUACUGCACAGAUGUUGAUCUAAUAUUUCAAGAGACUUGCUUCCCUGUGCAUCGUGCAAUUUUGGCUGCGAGAUGCCCAUUUUUUAAGACCCUACUUUCUUCCUCGCCAGAAUAUGGUGCAGAGAUUAUAAUGGAUAUCAAUACAGCUGGCAUUGACCUGCCCAUGUUUUCUGCUUUGCUACACUACCUAUACACAGGUGAAUUUGGGAUGGAAGAUUCAAGGUUUCAAAAUGUUGACAUUCUCGUGCAGCUUAGUGAGGAAUUUGGAACGCCAAAUUCUUUAGAUGUCGAUAUGCGAGGGCUGUUGGAUUACAUGUGCUAUUAUGAUGUGGUUCUCAGUUUUUCAUCUGACUCUGAACUUGUUGAGGCUUAUGGCGGAAGUCAGAGCUGCUUAGAGGAGGAGCUCAGAGCACACAAAGCUAUUAUUUCAUCACGGUCACCUUUUUUCCGGCAUCUACUACAGAGGAGGAUACGAACUGGUGAAGAAAUUACAGAUCGAACACUAAGGACUCCAACAAGGAUUAUACUAGAUGAGUCUAUCAUACCAAAAAAAUAUGUGAGAGUAAUUUUAAACUGUAUGUAUACAGAUUUGGUGGACCUCUCUAUUUUGCACAGCAGUCCGUCAGUAGGGAGUCUAAGUGAAGUCCAGGCUCUUGUAGCAGGAAAGCCAAGCAUGACAAAGGCUGAAGAAGCUAUGGAACUUUACCACAUAGCACUUUUCCUGGAGUUCAGUAUGCUUGCGCAAGGCUGUGAGGAUAUUAUCGCUGAGAGCAUCUCGCUGGAAACCUUAAUUGCCAUUCUCAAGUGGAGCUCCCAGCCUUAUGGCUCCAAGUGGGUACACCGUCAAGCCCUGCAUUUCCUCUGUGAGGAGUUUUCUCAAAUCAUGACUUCAGAUGUCUUUUAUGAACUGUGCAAAGACCACCUGCAAACUGCUAUCCAGUCAGACUACUUACAGGCAAGUGAGCAAGAUGUCUUGAAAUACCUUGUGAAAUGGGGCGAACAUCAGUUGAUAAAAAGAAUUGCAGAUCGAGAACCCAAUCUGCUGAGUGGCACAGCUCAUAGUGUGAACAAGCGUGGUGUAAAACGGCGAGAUCUUGAUAUUGAGGAAUUAAAAGAAAUCCUUUCUCCUCUCUUACCGUUUGUCCGCACUGAGCACAUCUUGCCUAUGAACAGUGAAGUAUUGACAGAUUCUAUGAAGAGAGGUCUCAUUAGUACACCUCCUUCAGACAUGCUGCCAACAGCAGAAGGUGGAAAAUCGAAUGUGUGGCUGCGACAAAAAAAUGCUGGAAUUUAUGUGAGGCCAAGGCUGUUUUCACCAUAUGUGGAGGAGGCUAAGUCAGUUCUGGAUGAGAUGAUGGUGGAACAGACUGACCUCGUCCGUUUACGGAUGGUUAGAAUGUCCAAUGUACCAGAUACCCUCUACAUGGUAAAUAAUGCAGUUCCACAGUGCUGUCAUAUGAUAAAUCAUCAGCAAAUGACCAGUAAUCAGUCCAGUCCUCCUUCAGUUGUAGCCAAUGAAAUUCCAGUUCCUCAUCUAUCUGUUGUGAAAGAAAUGAUCAGACGGCUGCAGGAGCUCCGCCAUACUGAGCAAGUUCAGCGAGCUUAUGCUCUGAACUGUGGAGAAGGAGCCACAGUCAGUUAUGAGAUUCAGAUCCGCGUAUUGAGGGAAUUUGGACUUUCUGAUUCUGCUGCUGAGUUGCUGCAGAAUCCUCACAAGUUCUUCCCUGAUGAGCACUUUGGGGAUGAAAGCCCACUUCUGACCCUGAGACAGUCAGGCCGAUGUCGUGUGAACAGCACGCCCACUGCAGAAACAGUGUUUACUGAGCUAGACUCUUUUGUGGCCUUCCAUCCACCACUCCCCCCUCCUCCUCCUCCUUACCACCCACCAGCAACUCCAGUUCACAGCCAGUUCAAAGUCGGAUGGAAGCAAAGAACCCAGAGUCAGCAUCCCUCACGUUCUUUUUCUUACCCUUGUAACCAUUCACUGUUUCAUGCCAGAACAGCCCCGAAAGCUGCCCUACCCAAUUAUUUCUCUGGUGCCAAAGGCACACCUCCAGAUUGCACUAAUACUACAGGACUGGGAAGACAGACAGUUGCAGCUGCAGCAGCUGUGAUGGCGGCUGAAAAGCAAGUGGGUGUUCAACCUGUUCUCAACGAGCUGAUGCCAGAUAUUGCGAUGGGUGUGUCAACUAUGUCUCUGAAGGACAGAAGGUUGCCAGAGCUUACAGUUGACACAGAGCCUGUUCUGGAGGUUACACCAGGACCACCUCAGCACAUUUCAUGCAUUCAGACAAGGCACAUACACAGUUCACGGAAGAAACAUUCAGCUGAGCAAAAGUUGGAUCCUAGAGAGAAUCAACAGGAAUAUCCUGAUUUCUAUGAUUUUUCAAAUGCUGCAUGCAGACCUUCUACUCCUGCCCUUACCAGGCACACCCCUUCACCUUCUCAAGGUAUUUACUUUGGCCCAGAUUUAUAUAGCCACAAUAAAGCAUCACCCAGUGGCUUAAAAACCACUCAGUUACCUAAUCACAUUUCUCCUAAAAAACUAGAAGAUCCUAGGAGAGACUAUGCACUUUCUCAAGAAGGGCAUCCACACAGACAAAAGAAUGAACCGAUACACCUCGAUGUCUUAGAACAACCUCCCCAGCGGUUGGACUUAGCUUUGGCUGCCCAGGAGAACACUGGGAAUAUCUCAAUUCACGCAAGGGGACGAACAAAAAUAGAAACCGAUUUAACGUAUGGACUAACCUCUAGUCGACCUUCUCUGCCUUCUUACAGUUCAGAAAUCCAUGAUGAACCAUCUAGCAGGAGAUUGGCCGACACUGAGCCUCUGGAAAGUGAAGCCCAGAGAAAUGCAAAUUUGGAAAGGGAAGAGGUUGUAAGUAGAGGAAGAAAGUCUCCAGACUUCCUGUACAAAAAAUCUGCCCUCUGAAAACCCUCCACCUCCACUUCUUCUCUGUGCCUAAGAAUUGUGAAAGAUCAUUCUUUGAAAUCACUGACCUGAAAUUUGUCAGGCCAGUUUUUUUCAAUGCCAGCGCUAUAUCAUUUUUUUAAUUAUUAUUUUUGUAUAUACAUGGCUUCAUUAAGAGAUGGCAUGCUCCCAGUUUAUUUGGAAUGCUGCUUCAGGGUUUAUGUUUUCAACAGAUUUUGUUAAAACUCUUCUCAAAAAUAUAUUUUCACUGGCACCUUUAAAAAAAAGAAAAUAAAAGGUAGCCUUUUGCACCUGUACAUUAAUUUUAUUAGUUUUUAUAUUGGUAUGUUAAACUUCUACUGUCGUAUUUUAUAGGACUGUACAUUCAUACUAUUUUGGGUGUCUCUUUUUUUUUUUUUUAAAUCAUUUCCUGGUAUUCAGUGUGCAUUAGGCUGCAUACUUCCAUACUUAAGAUGUAUUUUCUUACAAGAUGGUGAAAAUAUCUGUCUUUAUUUUUUAAUGAUAAUAGGAAUUCCAAAGAACAGCACACUUACAUAACUGCUCUGGUUAGGUUUGCAACCUUUCUGCUCUACCACUAACACAAGAAUCCAGCCUAAUGUGUUUGCUCUGUUUACCAAGUCUCAGGCUGCUAAUGUAGCAAGCACUCAAUAAUGUCUGUGGCCAGGAUUUUCUUUAAAAGUGAGGGGUACAAGUCUGUUAGGAUUUCUGAAAAUCUCCUUUUCUUUUCGGACAUGAAAACUGAAGAAAUACUUUCUAAGCCCUUUGGUUACAAUGCAACUAAUGCUUCAAAUGGGUGACAGUCCUGUAAGACGUGCUUAUCUGAUUCUUCAUUUUAGAAGGAUACACAGAUGGUAAGAUUUCAUAGCAAGCACAAGGAGGUGAGAAAAUAAUUGCUUAGCAUUUGACAUGGGUGUUAAUGCUACAUUUUGGUAGAACAGGCUUCCUCCCCAGGGGAGACGUCAAGAGGAAUGCUUAUUGCCUUUUUUCUGCCUCUGAAGAAACCAAGGGCUGCAGUUUUAAUGAUGUUACUGAGUGCUAUAUAUUUCUUGUUUUGUGGACAGAAAACAGAUUGGAGAAUAAUGGCUACAGUUUAAUGAGCUAUAAGCAGUUUAGCACUUACUUUCUUCAUUCCCCCCUUGAAUACUUCGGGGGUUUGUUGAAGUUGGUUCUAACAUAUUGGAAGGGAGGUUCUUUUGGGUUUUAUGAACAUAAAGUAGAGAUGCUGGGCUGAUAGAUUAUUGCCAAUAAGGAUGGCCAUUUCAGCAGUCAGCUGUUUCAGGUACUUGCCACAUAUUUCUCUUGCAUGGACUGGAAAAAUUUCAGUACCUCUAUGUGGUAAUCCCAGCAAAGACUUGACAUGGUGGUUAGUUCUAAAAAUACAGCUCUUCCAUCACUUGAACACCUUAGCCAGAUUGUUAGCUAACCUUAAAUCUGUUUUUAGAUUUUUAGUACUUGAGACUGUUGAAAAGUAAAAUGUUUCAGUGUUUAAAUUUUUUUCUGAGCUUUUUUUUUUUUUUUUUAAAAAGUCUCCACUGAUCUUUUAGUUCCCACUUCCUAUUUCCUUUAGGGGGAAAACACUGUUAAAGAAAAAUGAGAAUGAGUAGCCUAUCCAGAUAGUUUACACUACAUUAAUUUUGCUAUAAUUCAGGCAUUGUGUUGCAUCUUUGUGAACUGAAAAAAUACAUUCUAUGAAAAGUUGAAUUCAUUGGUAAGACAGCACCCUGAUGAUAGGAUAAUUGCUUAGUGCCAUUUGCCAAGCAUCUCUUUAAUUAUUAUCUGGAGUUUAAACAUAUUUUCCAUCAAACUUGCUUCAAGAAUGUUUGAUGCUUUGCUUCAAUGUUGACACUGAUAAAGAUAGGAUUCCAUUAUUUUGUCAUCUCCAGUGCCAGCAGUCAGUCAGUCUCUCUCCCCCCCCCCCAACUACACAAAGCCAGUUUACCAGUGAAAUGUGAUAGGCUUAUGUAUGAGAAACUCAAGGCAUACAUUUUCAGUCACAAAAGUAGCUAUUGAAUUGAUUCAGAUAAUCCAUUUGGACUCAGUUUACACUUUUUUUUAUGAGUAGUAGAAAAACAAACACUCCAUAAGUGAAGUAAGCUAUCAUUUCACAGAAGAGUUUUAGAUGAAGGUAAAUAUUGAGAAAUAAUUCUGUAGCAGACCUAAAGAGUGUUGUACCACUUUAACAAUCUAAACCUAAAUAUUCUGAUUUGAACAGAAGAACCUAAAGAGAUUUGGGGGGCUGUAGAAUUCCGGCUUCUUGCCUUUUCCUCUGGGCCAUAUAUAAAUGGAACAUUAAUCCCCAUCAAGAUUUGGGGUAUGUUAAUUGCUAGUGUUAAUUACAAUCUCAGUGAAAUUAUCUGUGGACCUCUAGGUAACUCUUCUACUGACUCUGCAUAAAGAAUUUCAUCCCACCUACCCAUCCCUUUUUUAAGGAGAGUCAUCUUGAUUUUAUCCUGUGUGUGUUUGCAAAAAGUAAAAAACAUUUUUAAAAUAUAUCUGACCCAGUAAAUCAGAGGAACAGUUUGUUUUCAAGGGAUUAAUUUUGCCUAAGAAUAAAUUAAUAAAAGAAAUUGUGACAUAAUUGAAAUUACUUUUACAUUCUGGUAAAAUGCAGGAUUCACAAAUCAACAAAUAGUCUCAACUGUUCUAUGUUACUGUAAUAAAUGAGUAUAGACCAUUUUCAAAGCACAGUACAAUUUUAAGCAAUUUUUAAAAAUACAUUUUAAUGAAUUUUUAAAAUAAAUUUGUUGGAAGUCCCAAAUAUUCUGUAACCACGUGUGUGACAGAUAAUUGCUGAACUUACAUAGCUUCAGAAUGUUGCUAAUUUUGUUGUAACAGUAUCAAAUUUGAUCUGAAUGCAUCCUGCCAAGAAAAAAAGGGGAUUUAAAUUGUGGCUGAGAUUCAUUUUCAUUUAAUUUCCAUGCAUGUGCAAUAUUUGUAUGAGAAUUUUUAAAACUAUGAUAGGCACAAGGAGCUGAUGCUUCUCCAGGUGUGUGGGGUCAGCUGCAUUUUUCAGAAGACAAAGGGCCUGCUUCUGGAGAAGGACGUGCCACCCAAGGCACCUUGAAAACCCACCCAGUGUGUUUACAAAGACCUUUUCUGCAAUACUAACAGCUACUACUUGUAGUCCUGCAGGCUUACAAUAGUUGCCCUGCUAACCAUUUAGUGUACUCCAUAUUUGAAUUUCUGUUUUCAGUCUCUUUCUGCCUCUUAAGGAAUAGGAAAAAGCUAGUAUCUUUUCCUUCAAUACUUUUGUUUUUGCCGUGGAAUAUUACAAACCGUUUCCACCUGUUAUGUAAGUUAUUUUGGAAAUGCCUGAAGAUGCCACUCUUAUUCUAGUUAUUUCCAAUGACUGUGUGUUUAUAUGGUGGAUGGAUAGUUGGGGAAUGCUGGGGAAAGCUGAAGAAUAAAAAACUAUUUCUAUACUUGUAUGUAUUUCUGGGAGAUGUUAAGUGUCCAUGAUAAAGUUCUUGUGCUGUUACUGGUAUAAAGUCAAGUGCCUUCAAUGCUAAAGGCUCAGAAAUUUUCUUAAACCAACUUCAUGUCCUAUGCAAGUGUUUUUUCUACAACCUGCAUAACCAGUACUUUGUAAAAUUUGUUUACGCUUCAAUUGUACAUAUUGUUUUUUUAAGAAAAAUAGAAUUUUUAUUUAGGUACCGCCUAGAAUUGAAUUCUAGUCUUGUGCGAUGCAUUGUAAAACAAUACAUUUCUCUUUUGAGUACCAUUACAAUUGUAAAAAGGUUUUCACUGGUUCUAUUUUUCUACUGUUGCUGAGAAGCAUGUUAACACUGACUUUAUCAUACAUAUAGUUGGUAUUUCAAAUAAAUGGCUUGUCUAGAAAAAUGCAAGUGUAACAUAUUUUUCAUUACAAAUGUUCCACUUCUGUGAAACUAAGUUUUUGAAAGUUUUUGAGAGUAUAAAGAU